AUGCCUAAGAAAGGAGGAAAGAACAAGAACAAGGGCAAGAAGAGCGGCGGUGCUGCCGCUGCCGCAAAGAAAGCAGUCGAUGCCCCCAACAAUGUUGUACCAGCCAACGAGGUCGAGGAAACAGUCACCAAGAGCGACAGUGAGCUCGAAGCUGUCGCUACCGAGGCAGGCGUCACUGACACCACUGCGCCUGAGGCUGUCGUCCCCGAGACAGUUACCAAGGACGAAAGCGAAGUUGGAGCCGUCGCUGCAGGUGCCGACACUGGUGUGACUUCAGCACCCGAGACCACAAUCCCUGAGACUGUCGCCAAGAGUGAGAGCGAAGCCGUCGCUGCCGAGACUGCUCCUGCAGUGACUGCGGCACCCGUGGCCACCGUUACUGACACCGCCGCCCCGGUCCCCGCGCCUGCCCCUCCGGUCAACUUCACUGAGGAGGCCUCAAACGCAGUCAAUACCGCGUUCCCCAAGAUAAACGAUGGCAUCGUAGAGGACGCUGCGCAGCAGACGAAGACUGCUCAGGCGGAGACAGUGGAGGAGGGCACGACUGUACUACCUUCCACCUCCACCCUUGAAGCUUCCAAUGCGGAUACCACAACCCUGCCUGUCAGAACCAGCACCCUCGAGCCCGAGACCGCCGAUGCCCACGUGAAGCGACCCUACGAGAGCAGCAUCACCACCAAGGAGGAUGACCACAAGCCCCACAAGAUGCCCAAGGUGGAAGAUGAACCCGUCAUUGCCACCGAGAAGGCAGCAGCCGCAGACACUGUUCCGGCUCCUACUGGCACCAUCGUGCAGCCACAGGUUGUCCCGGGGCUUGGUGCUGGCUCCGCUGAUGAGGCGUCGAAGGACUUGGAAGUUGCCGGACUUGCCGCGACGGACAAGGAUGCUGGAGCUGCGUCCAGCACGACAGUACCUCAGACUACCGAGGCCGUCCCGGCCAAGGUUACCGAAGCUCCGUCCAGCGCGGCGGCUGACACCACCGCUGUUGCCCCAGUGGAAGCUUCUACCAAGCCCGAGACUGCUGCAGCCAUCGCUCCCUCUGAAGUACCUGAGAGUACUGCCAGCGCUAAGCAGACGUCCGAGUUGACACAGCCGGAGCCAGCAACGGCGACCAAGGCCCCGGCCGCAGCCGCAGACAGCGAGCCUAUUGCGGUUGUUCCCAGCACCAUCAUCAGACCCUCUGGACGUGAGAGCAAAGCAGCGGAUAAGACUGUGGAGGACACCACUGCUGCACCCACGGCCACUGAGGCUGAACAGCCCCUGAAGGUUGCGGAAGACAAGGAGCAGGCGACCAAGACACCAGAGACUUCCAAGCGCCUCAGCGCUGUCCCCUCUACGAUCAAGGACACGAAGCCCCAGGAGGCCCAGAAGACCGAGACCUCGGCCACCCAAGGAGUUUCGUCUGUUCAGAAAGAGGAAGGCGCUGCUGCCCAGAAGGCCGAGGAGGUCAAGUCGGAGCCUCAGGCGGAAGGCACCUCUGCUGCUAAGCCCGAAGCCGCUCAAACCGGACAAGAGACCCAGCAAGCGGGCGCCGCUGCCCCGAAGGUUGAGGAAGGCAAGACGAGCGUUGAGCAGGCCAAGGGCGAGGCCGUCAAGCCCCAGGAGACUGCGAAGUCGGAAAGCAGCAAGGCCGAGAAGCGCAAGAGCGGACUUUUCGCCUGGCUCAAGCGCAAGAUCAAGGGCGAGAAGAACUAG